UUCAAAUCAGCAAGGAAACGAUUCUGGAUCACAGAAUCAGCAGCAAAGUGGCAGCCAAAACCAGGGAACUACUAAUCAAACCAUAACACCUGGCCAAAUUGUAAAUAACCAGUGUGUAUCUGCAGGAUUUGUCAAAGACGAUAAUGAUUGCAAAAAGUUCUACAGAUGCGUUAGUGAUGGUAAAAAUAGUUUUACCAAAUACGAAUUUUCUUGUGCUGAUGGAACAGUUUGGGAUGAAACAAUUGAAUCUUGUAAUUACCCAUACGCUGUAAGAGGGAAAUGCGGUGAUGGUUCUGCACAGCAAGGUUCUAACCAACAAGGAUCCAAUCAACAAGGUUCAAAUCAACAGGGAUCUAAUCAACAAGGUUCCAAUCAACAGGGAUCUAACCAACAAGAAUCGAAUCAACAAGGAUCUGGUCAACAAGGUUCAAAUCAGCAGGGAUCUAAUCAACAAGGGUCUAAUCAACAGGGAUCUAAUCAACAAGGAUCUAACCAACAAGGAUCUAAUCAGCAAGGAUCUAAUCAACAAGGAUCCAAUCAACAGGGAUCUGGUCAACAAGGUUCUAAUCAACAAGGGUCUAACCAACAGGGCUCUGGUCAACAAGGAUCCAAUCAACAGGGAUCUGGUCAACAAGGUUCUAAUCAACAGGGAUCUAAUCAACAAGGUUCUAACCAACAGGGAUCCAAUCAACAGGAAUCUGGUCAACAAGGUUCUAAUCAACAAGGGUCUAACCAACAGGGUUCUGGUCAACAAGGGUCUAACCAACAGGAAUCUAAUCAGCAAAUCCAGACUGGUCAGAUAAUUAACAAUGUUUGUGUAAAAGAAGGAUUCGUAGGAGAUGAUAAAGACUGUAAGAAAUUCUAUAGAUGUGUCAGUGACGGCAAGAAUAGCUUUACAAAAUACGAAUUUAAUUGU